AUGAUCACUCGGCGACGGCGCGUAGCAUUCGACGUCCGUCAAGCUGUUGGCGUCUCCGUCGGCGAACUCGUUGAGGGUGCAGGGCGUGGGUGCUGGGGGUUCCGCCGGUUUCUCGAGCAAGAAAUUGAUCAAUUUGUGGUGUUUGAUUGUGUAAUCCUCUUUCACUGUUGUUUCCAUGAGGUCCCUCGCGGCUCUGUUGGCGCGUUUGUCUCUCUCAUUCAUGUAGAGUUCGUUGUAGAUGCACCGCAGCGCCAGGUCGCUGACGUUGUAGUGCAUCUUGCGUUGGUGAAGCCCGAUAAUGCUGCAAUGCGGGAAGAGCUGGUUGCACUCAUUCUCCGAAAGCCAAUUUACUUGUAG